AUGCGACAAGAACAAUUAAAUCAAACCGCAUUUGUGAAGCCAUCCAAUCAAACCAAACUUGAAUACAAAAUUCAUUUACAAGCUUCUAUUGAUGUGGUGAGACUUCUUUUGAAUCAAGGAUUGGCAUUCCGUGGACAUCGUGAAGAUGCAUCAUCAUUGAAUAAGGAGGAUCUAAAUGGUGAUUAUUUCACAUUGCUAGUAGAUGAAUCCUGUGGUGUGUCACAUAAGGAGCAAAUAACAAUUGUUUUGCGAUAUGUUGAUGGUGGGAGAUCUAUUGUGGAACGAUUUCAAGGGAUUGUCUAUGUUCAUAAUACCAGUGCGUUAUGUUUAAAUGAAGCAGUCGUUAACUAUCUUACUCAUUUGAGUUUAUCUUGUAUACGAGGGCAAUGCUAUGAUGGAGCAAGGAAUAUGCAAUGGCAUCUAAGUGGCCUUAAAGCUUUGAUUUAG